AUGUUCAAACUCAAAGUGGUUCUGAAGUGUAUUUUUGAUCACAGUAAACUAUACUUUGUACUAUUUUUUUUUAAUCUCCGAUCCAUCGGGGGGGGGGGGGGGGGGGGGGGGGGGGGGGGGGGGGGGGGGGGGGGGGGGGGGGGGGGGGGGGGGGGGGGGGGGGGUCUUCGGGGGGGGGGGGGGGGGGGGGGGGGGGGGGGGGGGGGGGGGGGGGGGGGGGGGGGGCGGGGGGGGGGGGGAGGGGGGGGGGGGGGGGGGGGGGGGGGGGGGGGGGGGGGGGGGGUGUCCAUUCCUGAGUCGGGGGGGGGGGGGGGGGGGGGGGGGGGGGGGGCGGGUGGGCGGGGGGUGGGGGGGGGGGGCUGUGGGGCGGGGGGGGGGUGGGGGGGAGGGGGGGGGGGGGGGGGGGGGGGGGGGGGGGGGGGGGGGGGGGGGCUGCUCUGUCAGCUCUUGAACGGGAUGCCCGGGAGUCAGCAGUCCACCCCUCACUCCGGAAAGUCUCCCAGCCCUUCCCCCGCCAGCCCCAGCAACCUCAACCAGCGCCGGGAAAAGGAUAAAAUCAUGAAUGAACUUAGACCGACAACAUCUUAG